AUGGCUGUAUGCGUAUUUCUUUUAGUCUUUUUGUCUCAAACUGCAUCAAGCUCUGAUAUCGUAUCAAUAUUUCCACCGUAUCACUCUCAGUAUGUUGAUAGCUUUAUUAACACAACAGCAGUGCAGCUUACAGAAGCAGUUUUAGGAGGAGAAGAAAAGCAUACAACUUUUGGAAUCUCUUUAUGGGUCAAAAUAAUAGAACCUAGAAAGAGUGGUGAUAUUUUUUGAUUGGAACAUGGAAAGUAAUUAAUAUUCAGAGGAGAUUUUUUGCAAUUUCCUUGUAUUACUUAUGUUUGAAAAAGUUCAGCAGCUUUCAUUUUAUAUCUCCAGCUUUAUACAUUGUUCACCGAAGAAGACCAAAAAUUAUCUCUUCUUAUUGUAAGCAAUAUUUAGACUCCUUCUGAUAAUUGAAUAUUUAUAGCUUUCUCAGCAAGCUACGAAAAAAAAUUGUUACUGUUUUAUUGCAAUAACUUAGGAACUGAAUCUUUCAAUUCAGGAGUUUUGGAAGAGGAAGUAAUUUUAUCAAAUGCGGUUUUAUUAUUUGGAAUACAGAAUUUCAGUGGGAGGAUAGGCGACUUUAAGGUUCAUAACAAUAUAUUUAAUGAGAUUUCAGACUGACGUUUGCAAUACUCAACUUCAUGCGUAGAGGUAAGCUGUACAAGCUUGUUUCCAAUUAUAGAGUAUGGAAAAUGUGACCAACGAUGUGGAUCACAGCCCGAAACAUUUUUGCCGAUAUUUCAGCCAACUUUAUAUUCAAAGACUCCUUAUAUGACUAUUGAUAAAAAAUCAUACGUCUAUAACCCGUGAAAGGAAUGCAAUGACUUUUCAAUCACAGGGUGGAUUCAAGUGCCAGCAUGCCAAAAUAAAUCGGAAACUAUUUUAGAAAUUUCUAAUAAUGGCCAUAUUAUAAGUAUUGCAGUAAAAUUAAAGAGCAGCAGCCUUUUAGCUCACUGUGAUGUUUUAGAAGCAACAAUUUACAGCUUUGAAAAUAAAACUGAUGAUUCAGUUCAACUUAUUUCUCCAAAUUAUAUCGGAAAUUGGUUCUUUUUUGCUAUAACUUUAAAUUCCACUACGAAGUUAUUUACGCUCUAUUCUCAAAAUAGUAUUAGUGCUCCAUCUGCCUCUUUUCCCUUAAUUUCUUCAUCAAUUCCUUAUGCCUACUCUGUUCUACCAUUAGCAUCGUUCAGCUGGAUUGUGAUUGGAGGAACUCGUCUAGAGAUUUAUCCAGGGAAUUAUGCAGAUUUUAGAUUUUAUCCUGGUAAUGCUAUUGAUACUACUUUAAUGCAAUAUAACAGCAAUAUAUUCAGCGCUGCUACUUAUCUUGAUCCUCAUUGCACUUUAUGAGAGUCAAUAUGGUAUUGCAAAGCAUGUGAAAUCGGGUAUUUUGUUAAAAAUGGAAUAUGCAAUAGUAAUUUAUAAGUAGAAUGCCACCCUUCAUGCAAUGGCUGCAGCUCUGAUGACACAGAAGCUGAUUGUUUGGCCUGCGCAAGUGGAUAUUAUGCCCAGCCAGGCCAUCCUUCAUUGUGCUUUAAUUAUUGUCCAUUAGGCUUUGUAAAGGAUUCUUAUCUUAACCAAUGUACAGGCACUCAAGGAGUUAUUGCCAACAUAAAUUUUGACAACAAUCUAUCAGGUGAUUUUAUUUCUUCUUACGUUUAUAUACAAUUUGGAGAAUUAUCUGAUGAGUAUUGUCCAAAAUUUGACUAUUUAGAUCCCUUGCCUGCCAACAAAAGAGGGAUAUUUAUUCACUCUACAUUAGUAAAAAUAAUCUCCCAGUCUCCUACUCAAGAAGAUAGGCUAUUUAGUUCUGAUUUUACUAUUGAAAUUUGAUCGUUAGUUAAUAAUCAUGGAACUUUAUUUCGUGCAAAUUGCUUCAGCAGCCAUAAAUACUAUGGCUACGAUCUAGGCCCUCUAUGAAACUUAUAUUUUGAUUUCGGGUCAAUGCUUUAUAAGAAUAAUUUAUAUGUUUUCUUAUUAGCCUGCAUGAAUUGACUAAAAUUUUUAAAAAUUUUCAUUUUAAUAAUUUUUAUAUUUACUAUUUUGAGAAAAUUUCUCUUCGCAUAUUAAAGCGUGAUGAAAGUCAAGAGACAAUAAUCUCACCAUUGGAAAGCUCUUCGGAAUGGGCUUUGUAUUCUGUCUCUCUUACUUACGAUGACAUUACCAAGUCUACUAAAAUAUUAUUUGUCAUCAAUAAAAAUUCAUAUACGGCUAUUGUGUCAAAUCAUUAUAAAGAGUUACCUGGAAUGAUUCAUAGUAUUGGAAAUUUGAAUGGAGAUUCAUUCAUAGGGUUUUUGUAUAGUUUGGCAAUGUAUAACUAUGGGAAAACUUAUAAUGAAAUUUUGCCAAGUGUAGGCACUUGCAGCUCUUGCUCUGCUUGCCCAGCUGUCUUGAAGUCUUGUUUGCCAACUUGUAAUGCAACUGAAUAUGUAGAUGAGAAUGGAAACUGCCAAAAGUGUCCAAGUGAAUGCUCAUGAAUAUGCUCAAGGGCUGGGACUUGCAAUCUUUGCUACGACGAUUUAUGCUAUAAAUGCACUAAAUAUGAAAUUGGGACUUGCAUCCAGUGUGUUGAGAAUGCAGCUCUUAGCAGUGGACAAUGUGAGUGCCAAAGUGGAUAUAUAAAGCAAGGAUCUCGAUGUGUAGAAAAAUGCAGCGAUGGGUUUCAUUUGGAUGCAAGCACUCAAUCUUGUAUUGGCUGUCUUAGCAAUUGUUUAAAGUGUAGCAAUGGAGAAAGCUGCACAAUAUGUAAGACGGGAUUUGUUGAGCGAAAUGGAAAAUGUGAAUGCUCUGACGGAUAUUUUUUAGACUCUUCAAAUAACUGCUCAAAAUGUGAUAUUUCAUGCUUAACUUGCUCAAUUAAUUCCUCAAAUUGCUCAUCUUGCAUAUGAAAUUUGCCUAUUCUAUAUGGCAAUAAAUGCUACCCAUGCGAUUCAUUUGAAAGUUAUUCCACCUAUUUUAUUAUUCCGAUUUCAUAUUAUACAGAUGAUUUAGUGUCUCAAUUAGCCUCUAAUUGCACUGAAAUUUGUGGGGAUGGAAGAAAUAUGGGACAAGCUCAAUGUGACGAUGGAAAUAAUAAAAAUGGAGACGGCUGCUCUGAGAAUUGUACAAUAGAAACUGGGUGAACUUGCUCUGGAGGCAGUAUAAGCUCUCCUGAUAUAUGUAAAGAUAUAACUCCUCCUUUACCAUUUCUUGCAUAUUUAUUCGAAAAUGGUUCAGGCUAUCUUCUUGCGUUAUCAUUCUCAGAAAAAGUAAAUAUAACAUCUGAUUUAUCAGAAAAUAUUAAAAUUACAAUUGAUGGGAUAAAAAUGUUUUCUUGGGCUAUUUCAUUAGAAAAAUCAAUUUAUGAAGUCGCCUUAAAUUUAUAUGAAAGCGUAGAAAGUGGGACAGGUGUGGAAAUCAACUUUAUUAAUCCUAGUGAAAUCGCUGAUACGAGCGGUAAUCAAAUGAAAGAGAAAAAAGUAAAAUCAAUUUUGAUUGCUCCAUUCACAUACAAAACUGCAGAAGCUAUGAAAACUUCUAUUACAACUGUAGCCAUGGUUGCUGCUGCAGGAGCGGCUGCAGGAUCUAUAUUUACAGGAUCUUUUAAUUUACAAGCAUUUUGGAGUAUGCUCGAAAUGAUGCAGAUACAAAAUUAUUUGAUAUUUUUAUCUCCGCAAUACCCUAAUAACCUUAUCACAUAUCUUCGUACCUUAAGUAUAGCAAAUGGAAACUUUUUGCCUAAUCCUUUUCAACUGUAUUUAGUAAAAAAUGACCCGUUUCCUGAUCCUUCAAAAAAGUUUGCAGAUGAAAAUUUUAAUACAGAUUUCCUUAUGAACGCUGGUCAGUUUGUAGCAGUAUGGGCUAUUAUUUUGACUGGGCUCUCAAUUUGUAUAAUUUUAUAUAAAAUAAGACCAAGCUUAUCAAUAAUAAGAUGGCUAAAAAGCUCCUUUUUCUAUGCUAUUUUACUCAGAACUGGAAUCGAGUCAUUUUUAGAAAUCACACUUUCAGUCCUUCUGCAAUUAAGAGAAUGCUCACAGCCAAACCAAGAUAUUGGCUAUCUUUCAUUGAUUUUGACCUUUUUAACCAUACUUUACCUGAUCUCUACUUUUGCUCUUAUAGUUUGGCAAGUAUCGUUAAAGCCUAAAGGACUGCUUGGGACAAAGUUGCAUGAAAGAAGAUUUGGAGUAUUUUAUCAAGGAUUUAAAAGAGAUUCUAAACUAAAAGCUUCUUUCUUGCUAUUCCAAAAUAUCCGCAGAGUCCUAUUUCUUAUUUUUUGUGUGUUUUUAUAUGAGCACACAACUGUUCAAGUUUUAUUAUCAGCCUCCUUAUCAUUAACCUAUACAAUUUUAUUAAUUGCACUGAGACCAUACGAGCAGAGAUAUUUAGGGAAUUUUUUAAAUAUAAUCUGUGAAAUUUUAUAUUUUGCUGCUCAUUGCCUAAUACUAAAAUUUUUAGAUAAUCACAUAUCUGAUGAUUCUAAAACAAAUCUUGGCUGGGCAAUAAUUGCACUCUUGAGUACUUCUUUAUUACUCCAUAUACUAUGCCUCUUUAUAGUUCAGAUCACAAAUUUACUACAAGGAGUCAAACAACUUAAAGAUUGAUUUCUUCAAAACUUUGCAAAUAAGUUUUUAAAAGUCAAGAGAAGAAUAAUAAUGAAUGAAAUAGAAUCUAGUGACCUGAAUAUAGAAUUAAGUAAAGAAGAAACCUAUGAAGAAAAAGAUUCAAGAACUCACCCUGAUGGCAAUUUUCUAAAUAUUGAUACUAGUGGGGGGCAGCUAUUCAUAGGAUAA